AUGCUCUUCGAUGAAAGGGUAUACACGUACACAGACAGCCGCGGCAGAAAGCAUAAAGUACCUAAGGUGCGUGCAUUCUCGCUGGACCAGAUUCGACGUGGAGACCAUCUAUGCUUCGAUCGAGGUUUCUACUGGCAUCACGCUGUCGCAGAGACUGUCGAUAAAUCAAAUGGUGAAGUCAACGUCAUUGAGUAUUCAAAUUCCGCAAAGCAAUUCAGCCAGGACAACAGCAGCCCGCCAAAAAAUCCGGGAUUGGCUGUGGUGGUUAGACGGAAAUUCAAAUUAGAAAACGAAUCCGUUUACGUUAUUAAACAUGACAGGUGUUUUGAUCCCGAAACUGUUGUUUCCAGUGCUAAGAGUAAGCUAGGGGAAAGAAAAUACCAUCCUGUUACCAAUAACUGUGAGCAUUUUGCCUUAUGGUGUAAAACAGGAAUAUCCUCCUCAGAACAAGUAAACAAUGUCAAGGAUUUCCUUAAGAAAGGAGUAAACAAUGUCAAGGAUGUCCUCAAUACAGGAGUAAUCGAUGUCAAAGAUCCCUUUGACACAAGAGCAUUGCCAGAGGUUGUCGCAAGUACAGAAGUAAAAGAGAUCGUUAAAACAGAGGUAAGUCGUGAGGUAACAAAAGAGUUUGUGAGUCAUACUAUUCACGGCAACGGACAGCAAAUCAUAAGUUCUGGAGUUCGUGCCAUGUCAAAGCAACUUAUGACUCAAACUACAGUUAGAACUGGGCAAGAGGUAGUUAAAACUGGAAUGAUUGUGUUACGCGGGUAA